CCUUCCGCGCAUGUGCAGGUGUGGAGGUUAUUCGAGGGGAAACUGGGCGAGGCCGGCUAUCAGGCCGGAGGAGACCGCCUCCUCUGUUUCCAUCUAGACGAGGGGGCGGGAACUAGCGCGGUAACUUCCCGUCUAUACCAAGAUGGCUGCCACAACGGCACUGUCAUUUUGGUACAGAGCAGAGCGAAGCGCUUAAUUCGACCCGGUUCAGGCCAGAGUUUUUCUCUGGAGCUUCCUCGUGCUUAGCUAGUCCUCAGUCCUUGGGAAUCUCUGGUAUCUCUUCGGCAUCCCUACACACAGCUAGGAAUCAUGUCCUGGGCUGCUCGCCCGCCCUUCCUCCCCCAGCGGCAUGCCGCAGGGCAGUGUGGGCCGGUGGGGGUGCGAAAAGAAAUGCAUUGUGGGGUCGCGUCCCGGUGGCGGCGGCGACGGCCCUGGCUGGAUCCCGCAGCAACGGCGGCGGCGGCGGCAGCCGGAGAACAACAAACCCCGGAGCCGGAGCCAGGGGAGGCUGGACGGGACGGGAUGGGAGACAGCGGGCGGGAUUCCGGAAGCCCAGACAGUUCCUCCCCAAAUCCCCUUCCCCAGGGUGCUCCUCCCCAUUCUCCUGGGCCACCCCUACCCCCUUCAGCAGCCCCAUCCCUUGGAGGCUCUGGGGCGCCACCCCCACCCCCAAUGCCACCACCCCCACUGAGCUCCCCCUUCCCAGUUAUCAGCUCUUCCAUGGGGUCCCCUGGUCUGCCCCCUCCAGCUCCCCCAGGAUUCUCCGGGCCUGUCAGCAGUCCCCAGAUUAACUCAACAGUGUCGCUCCCUGGGGGUGGGUCUGGCCCCCCUGAAGAUGUGAAGCCACCAGUCUUAGGGGUCCGGGGCCUGCACUGUCCACCCCCUCCAGGUGGCCCUGGGGCUGGCAAACGGCUAUGUGCAAUCUGCGGGGACCGAAGCUCAGGCAAACACUAUGGAGUUUACAGUUGUGAGGGCUGCAAAGGCUUUUUCAAGCGCACCAUUCGUAAGGACCUGACCUACUCAUGCCGGGACAACAAAGACUGCACGGUGGAUAAGCGUCAGCGGAACCGCUGUCAGUACUGCCGCUAUCAGAAGUGCCUGGCUACUGGUAUGAAGAGGGAAGCGGUACAGGAGGAGCGUCAGCGGGGGAAAGACAAGGAUGGGGAUGGGGAGGGGGCCGGGGGAGCCCCCGAGGAGAUGCCUGUGGACAGGAUCCUGGAGGCAGAGCUUGCUGUGGAGCAGAAGAGUGACCAGGGCGUUGAGGGUCCUGGGGGAACCGGGGGUAGCGGCAGCAGCCCAAAUGACCCUGUGACUAACAUCUGUCAGGCAGCUGACAAACAGCUAUUCACACUUGUUGAGUGGGCGAAGAGGAUCCCACACUUUUCUUCCUUGCCUCUGGAUGACCAGGUCAUAUUGCUACGGGCAGGCUGGAAUGAGCUCCUCAUUGCCUCCUUCUCCCACCGAUCCAUUGAUGUACGAGAUGGCAUCCUCCUUGCCACAGGUCUUCACGUGCACCGCAACUCAGCUCAUUCUGCAGGCGUGGGAGCCAUCUUUGAUCGGUCCCUCUCCAGGGUGCUGACAGAGCUAGUGUCCAAAAUGCGUGACAUGAGGAUGGACAAGACAGAGCUUGGCUGCCUGAGGGCAAUCAUUCUGUUCAAUCCAGAUGCCAAGGGUCUUUCCAAUCCCAGUGAGGUAGAGGUCCUUCGGGAGAAAGUGUAUGCAUCACUGGAAACCUAUUGCAAACAGAAGUACCCUGAGCAGCAGGGACGGUUUGCCAAGCUGCUGCUACGUCUUCCUGCCCUCAGGUCCAUUGGCCUUAAAUGUCUAGAGCAUCUGUUUUUCUUCAAGCUCAUUGGUGACACCCCCAUUGACACCUUCCUCAUGGAGAUGCUCGAGGCACCCCACCAGCUGGCCUGAGCCCAGACUCAGAUGUGGCGCUUCUCACACUUGAGGAAUGCAUAUCCAGGAGGGACUCCACGCCUUGGGGCAGGGUUGGGAGGGGCCUUGUUUUUAAGAGUCUUGGUGGGGUGAGGACUAUAGGGCAGAGCUGAGACCUCCAGUGGGGUCCAUCAACCCUCCAAGGGGUUUGCUUGAUAUCCCAAGUCAGAGGGGAUCUCAGAUCCCUGUGAGGGCUGGACCUCUCCCUUCAGUGGCCUCUAGUCUCUGAAUUUGUCUGUGUCUGCCAUGAUACAGGGUAAGUUCUUGCCCACUGCCUGGACUGAUCUUCCCCAACACAGCACUGGCCGUUGCUCCCAGAACCUUGCUUCCUUCUCAUCUUGCCUCACUUAGCUCCCCGUCUAAAGAGCGGAUAUGAGAACUCCCCCAGAGAUAGAUAUUGGGGGGCAGGCCCCCUGAACUGAUGGACAUGGGGAUAGGGCUUUUGCAGACUUUCCUCAAACCAAGCUUGGCAGAUGGGGCUACUCUGGAAGACGGAGGGGACCCUGUAACUGCCUCCUGUCCAGAGUCCCCUCUUAUACUUCACCUUCUGCAGUCAGACUAAAAAAUAAGGUGGUGAUGGUUAAGGGGUGGGUGGAAAUGUAGGAACCCAUCUGCUAUUUUUAAUUUUCUCUGAAGAUUGAGACCUGCAGUUAGACUCAAAGAAGUACUGUACUUUCCCAGGUUGACUAAGAAAUGCCAGUGGUGGAGGUGGUGUUUGGGAAAGGCAGAGUCCCAAGAUGGUCUGUCCCUGGAGCUUUUCAAGCACUGGCCUUCUCAACCUCCUCCUGCCAUCCCUUCCUGUCUAUCUUGGGGAAGGGGCCUGGGCUGUGAUGGCAGGGCCUUUUCAGGGGAUGGUUUGUUGAAUAGUCCUCAGGCCGUUCCCUUCACAGCUCUCCCCCAGCCUUGAGUGCACACAGUGUAGGCUGGGGACACAGGACCCUGGCCUGAGAAUUGAGGGGGAAAGGGCCAUCCCACAGAGAUGGGGUGCUGGGGCUGCAUGAUUUUUGCCUUGCAGCUCGCUCUGGGGUUUCUUUCCCCUCUUUUACUUGCGUAUAAAAUUGCUUUCAAAUUAAAAUCUCUUUUCUGGAC